AGAAUCAAAGUUACCUCGCUCUAGUCUCAAUUCUCAAAUUAAGGUGGGAACCAAAACUUAAAGUGGUGAAAGCUCAUCGUGCGUUCUAAGAAGGAAAAAUUUAUCAGGUGGACCUCGAAAGGAGUUACGGAUUUUCUCGCGGACUUUAUGGAUCUUACGGAGGUUUGCGGAAAAUAUUCGUAAGAACCAAGCGGAAAACGAUUGAAACCUAUCUUGUGGCGAAAGCUUAUAGUGCGAGGACGAAAAAAAUUAUUGCGUAGACUUCGAGAGAAGUUACGGAUUUCACGGAUCUUGUGAACUUUGCGGAUCUUACGGAGGUUUGCGGAAAAUAUACGUAAGAACCAAGUGAAAAGCGGUUGAGCCAAUCGUGUGGUAAAAGCUUACAGUGCGUUUGCGGAAAGAAUUAUUUUGCGGCCUUGGAAAGGAGUCCCGAAUACAACGGAUUUUGCGGAUUUUGCGGAUCUUACGGAGGUUUGCGGAAAAUAUACGUAAGAACCAAGUGAAAAGCGCUAACCCUAUCCUGUGGCGGAAGCUUAUAGUGCGUUUGGGGAAAAAAGUAUUUUGUGGCGUUGGAAAGAAGUGACGGAUUUAACGGAUCUUGCGGAUUUUGCGGAAUGACAGUGCGGCGAGACCCGUGCGUGCGACCGCGGAAGUGCGGAAGUUGAUCGGCGGGUGGCGUGGCUGAGUGCCGAGGACGACGACGGCAGGAUGACGGAGAAACUUUUGGAAGUGAAACGGAAAGUGAAGAAAAGCGAUAGCGAUACGAACAACAAUUGCAGCGAGGCGAAGAUGAUCGGGAGCCCGCCGGCGGCGCUGCCCCCCUCGCUGCCCCCGGGGGGCGCCGCGCCCCCCCUCCUCCCCCCCAAGCCGCUCCCCGUGAGCGCCUUCCAAGCCAAAUUGACCAAGAGCAAUUUCGCCCUACCCACAUCCAUCAUGCUCAAAGACGGCAAGCGGGCGAACAAACCGCUGAUGGAAAAACGGCGCAGGGCCAGAAUCAAUAAAUCCUUAGCAGUUCUGAAAACUCUCAUACUGGACUCCGCCAGAACCGAGAAAACGAAGCACUCGAAGUUGGAGAAAGCCGAUAUCCUGGAGCUAACCGUGCGGCACUUGCAAAGGGAGAAAACUCUCAACUCAGAGGUGAAAGAUAAAUACAGGUCCGGCUUCCAAGAAUGCAUCACCGAGGUGCGGCAGUUCCUAGAGUCAGCUGAAUUGUACGAAGGAGUAAAAGAUAUCUCAGACACAAGCGUGAAACAGCGACUUCUGCACCACUUGGACGCGUGCGCCAGUGAAAUAGACUUAGAUUUUAGUAAUGUUAAGUGUGAUGAAAGUAUGGAGCUGUUUUCGGAUCCGAUCAUAACCCCGAAACCGGAACCGGACAGCAGCACAGCGCUCUCUAGCGAGGAGUCGAUUAAACACUCGAGCCAAUCUAGCCUAAUGAACGGACGCAAGUCCAGGCCGAAGAAAAGCGACAAGAAGCAUGUGAUAGCCAACUCUCCGGGGAGUAAAUCCCCCACGAAUCAAUCCAUGUCCAUCGUCCAGGUGAUUCCGUCACGAUUACCAGACGGACAAGUUGUUUUUCUUCUGCCAAGUCAGUGUGUGCAAGUGAACUCUUCCUCACCUACGAUGGGUUCAGAACCGUACAACGAGAAUGAGCCUUUGGAUUUCAGCGUGAAAAGAGAUGAGAAUGACCCGAUGUGGAGGCCCUGGUGAUAAAAUUUUAUUUUUCCAUUGCUUAUAGAUGUUCCUAUUUCUUUAGAUUUUAACUGAAGAAUAUACUUGCGUACACACUCAUUGGGAAGAAAGUCAGGUUGCCAGCAGUCUCUUUGCAGGCGUUUCUCAUUAACAUGUACAUCAUGCCAUUCAUACCAAUCAUGCUGAUGAGGGCAACCUUCUCAUAACGAUUGCUCAUCCCAUUAUUUCGCAGCCAGGCGGAGGAAGUACUUACCAAGUUGUGGAAAAAUAACUAUUAAGUAUUUUUUAGAUCCUCUUGAAAAAAUCAUCAGCAUUACAGUUGCAGUUACUUUUCAGUCAAAGUAAUGAAUUUUAAACUUUCUUCAAUUCCAAAGAAAAAACGGAAGAAAGUUCAAAGUAGAAAAAUCACUCUUCGGUGGAUGUGUAAGAGCUUCAGAUUCAUUAUAACUUUGGGUACCUGAUGAUGAUAUAGGAGAGAAAAAAAUUAUGGUGACUUGUUCACUAGAGAUUUACUUUUUAAUGAGCAUUUGAAAAAGAAUAAGUUUUAGAAAAAUAUUCAUCCUUAAUGAAAUAUAUUGUAAUUUUUCACACAAAACAAGGAUUUCUUAUUCCUCUGGACCUACAGAAAUGGCAGACCUAUAACUCUUAACACUUUUUGCAAAAGUUCUUACAAAGAAUAGCUCUCAAGGUAAGACGUAGGUCUCAUUUGCAUCAAUUUAAAAUCUAUUUAACUUCUGGUGCAUUUUUCUCAGGAAAUUUUCACGUGCAAGCUCUAAAUUUUAUGAGCAUGCAAAUAUGACCAUUGACUAAAACUGUGACCAGAGAUAAAAAAAAAUUCGUUUGCAAAAGAGUUCUUCUUGAAAUUUAGAAGGUUGGCAAAUUUUUGCAUGUUUCUCAGCUGUAUUUUAGCAGAAAAUAAAAAGUUAUGUGUCUGUAUACAUUCAUAACUCUCGUUCCACCUUUAGUCCUGAUUGCAAGGAACAUUAAAAAGAAAAAAGCUCAUGAAAAUAACACUCUUAAUUUCUGAAAGAUAUGCACCAGAGGAUAAAAAAAAAAAAAAAAAAAAAAACAUUUUUUUUCAGAACUGUGAAAAAGAAUAAAAAACUCUCAUGUGUCCAGAUUGACCUAGACGUGCGCUCCUCAUUUUUGAAAAUUUGAUAGAGUGAAUUUCCUAAUUAUAAGAUGUUAUCCUUGGGUAAUUUUGAAUCAAUAUAAGAGCGUCCACUGUAAAAGCAGGCAGAAAAAAAGUCAAAUUUAUGAUCAGGGACAUACUUCUCACCUUAAAGAAAUGUAUUAAAAAAGUCUUAUCAAGAUCGUAAACACACCAGCAAGGAGACUCAUUCAUUACUUAGUUAUCAAAAAUCGUAACAUUGUCUAUGUCCACGACUGAAAUACUUGAAGAAAAAUAAAGUCUGCAAAGGAUGGCAUACCUUGCAAUACAUUCCCUUUUCCUCAUGACUCAGAACUUUUUUUUUCCUGGUCUUUCUUGAUUUCUUACCAUUAUUUAGUUAUAUUUACCAAUGCGUUCAAAGCAAUACGUGUUUCCUACUGUUUUAUUUACCGACUCAUUUCUUUUAAGUUGUUUUUUCGUUAUAGUUUUUGUUUUUUAUCGAUUGUUUGAUUUAAACCUAUGUUACUUACUUUUAGAUGUGCAUUUUGUUUCAACCUGAUACAAGAUUAAAAUCAAAGUAGAAUGUUUUUUU